GUGGCCUCUCGCAGUCAUGGCGGCGCCCGUGUUGGACGCCCCUCUGGGGGUCCCCGAGUCCCCCGGGACCCCUCAGGACGCGGCCGCGGCGGAGCCCGAGGAGGAGGAGGAGCUCGAUUUCCCCCAGUACGAGUUCGGCCGCCCCCCCCACCCGGUUUGGGGGGCUCGGGAGGAAUUCGCGAAGCGCCCCGAGAAUUACCUGCGAGGCUGCAAAUGGGCCCCCGACGGCUCCUGCGUCCUCACCUGCAGCAACGACAACGCCCUGAGGAUCUUCGACCUCCCCCUGCCCCCGGGACCCCCCCCGGGCGCGCCCCUCCCCCAAAUGCUCCCGGCCGUGCAGGUGGCCGAAGGUGACACCAUCUACGACUUCACCUGGUACCCCCUGAUGGACUCCAGCGACCCCCCCAGCUGCCUGGUGGCCGCCAGCAGCCGGGACAGCCCCGUGCACCUCUGGGACGCCUUCGAUGGGAGCCUGAGGGGAUCGUUCCGGGCCCACAACCACCUGGACGAGCCCGUGGCCCCCCACUCGCUGGCGUUCUCCCCGGACGGCUCGCGGCUCCUCGGGGGCUUCGACGGCGCCGUGCGCGAGUUCCCGACCGAGCGCCCGGGCCGGGGCGGGGCCCAGCGGAGCCUGCGCCAGGGCAGCCAUGGCCAGCGAGGCCUGAUUGGCUGCCUGGCCUUCAGCCCCAGCCAAUCGCUGUUUGCCUGCGGCUCCUAUGGGCGGAGCCUGGGGCUGUACCCGCUGGAAGGGGGCGGGGCUGUGGCGCUCUGGCCCCGCCUCCCGGCCGCGCCCACUCACCUGCGCUUCAGCCCCUGUGGGACUCACCUGUACGCCGGCGGGAGGAAGGACCGCCACAUCCUGUGCUGGGACCUUCGUGUCCCCGAGCGUCCCCUCCUGGCGCUGCCGCGGCGCGUGGCCACCAACCAGCGCGUGACCUUUGACCUCGACCCCUCGGGGCGGUUCCUGGUCAGCGGUGACACCGAUGGCUUUGUCACCGUCUGGGACACGCUGGCCCCUCCCCCCGGCCACGGGGACCCCCCCGAGCUGCCCCCCCUGCUCCGCUUCCGCGCCCUCCGCGACUGCGUCAACGGCACCAGCCUGCACCCCGCGCUGCCGCUCCUGGCCACGGCCUCGGGCCAGCGCCUGUUCCCGGCGCCGUGGGACAGCGACGGUGACGGGGACGGUGACAACGAGGGGACACCGGCGCCGGGCGGGGACAUCCGGCUGCAGCUCUGGUGGUGGGGACACGAGGACACCGACGGGGACACCCCCGGGGACAACAGGACCAGAGAUUGUCACCUCAGCGGGGACACCGAGUGUCACAUCCCUGGGGACAGCGGGACAGGAGAUUGUCACCUCCCUGGGGACACCGAUUGUCACCUCUCUGGGGACACUGGGACUGGAGAUUGUCACCUCAGUGGGGACAGUGGGACAGGAGAUUGUCACACCCCUGGGGACACCGAUUGUCACCUCCCUGGGGACACUGGGACUGGAGAUUGUCACCUCAGCGGGGACACCGAGUGUCACAUCCCUGGGGACAGCGGGACUGGAGAUUGUCACCUCCUCAGGGACACUGGGACUGGCGAUUGUCACGCCCCUGGGGACACCGAUUGUCACCUCCCUGGGGACACUGGGACUGGCGAUUGUCACCUCCCUGGGAUGGAGUGACACUGAGUGUCACCUCCCCGGGGACAAUAGGACUGGUCAUUGUCACCUCCCCGAGGACGUCAAAUGUCACCUCCUUGGGGACACCUGGACCAGCCAUUGUCACCUCUCUGGAGACACUGGGACCUGAGAUUGUCACCUCCCUGGGGACACCGAGUGUCACAUCCCUGGGGACAGCGGGACUGGAGACUGUCACCUCCGUGGGAACACCGAUUGUCACAUCCCUGGAUCCACUGAGUGUCACAUUCCUGGGGACACUGGAACUGGCAAUUGUCACCUCCCUGGGGACAUUGGGACUGGAAAGUGUCACCUCCCUGGGGACACGGAUUGUCACCCCCUUGGGACAACGGCUGAGACACCCUCAGGGACACGGGCCAUCCCACCUCUGGGGACGCGGAUUGUCACCAACCCCAGGGACAUUGAUUUGUCACCCUUGGGGUCCCUGGAGGGUCAUAGCCCCCCUGGAGACCCCAAAUGUCACCCUAGGGACCCUGGAGGGUGACAGCACCCUGAGGACCCCAAAUGCCCCCCCAGACCUCGGUUGUACUAAAGCCGUUGUGACUGUCACCCUCUGUCACCCCUGUGGCUGUCACGGGUGGGGGCGUGGCCAGACCUGCCCCACCCUCCCUGCCAGGUGCCCCAAAAUCUUCCCCACCCCCUCGGUGGUCCCCACCCUCCAAUUUUGGCAUUGCCCCUUUAAGAGACCCCCACAAAGGGGCGGGGCCUGUUCCUAAGGAGCUUCACUGUCACCAUGGCAACGGUGGGGUUGUGGUGUUGCCAUGGAAAUCUGUGUGGCGCUGCUGGCCACGCCCCCACCCCGAGGCCACGCCCACAGCAUGGUCAGAUCUGUGGGUGUGGCCAUGUUAACUUUUGGUCACGCCCCUUCAAAAAGACCACGCCCCAUUUUAAGUGCCUGCCCAUGCUAAUUGCGCUAAGCCACGCCCCCAAAUACACACCCCCAUCCCCAAA